CUUGGGAUUGUUUUAUUUAUUACUGCAGCUUACAGUUCUGUGGGAACAACUGUGUACACACUGUACAGUACAAUAGUACUGUGGAGUGUGGACAACGUUUUUUGUUGUAUUAAAUUUACCGUUUUCAACCAUCAAAAAUGAUAUCACGCGAUCAUCUUGAACCGAUGGCCAUCUCCUCGGAUAGUGAUAAUACGUUCGACCAGAAGCUCAAACGUGGGGAGCGAGACGAGAAAGUUCCUCGUACUGGAGAAUCAAGCAGCGACCCGAACGAUUCUCCUAACUCUUCGUCCCAAGAUGCAAAACCGAUGAAUUGCCCGAAGCUACCGAACGUUCUGAAAUACUCCGCGCGACCCGAUACGAAAGUGCUGGAAACGACCAUAAUUCCUCAUAGUAUUAUUAUACGCAAAACGGAACUGGCCAGUCAUGUGCUCGUUAUGGGAACAUUAUCGUAUGGUUACAAUCCGAUUAAAUGUCCUUUAUACGGGACCGUAAACGGCGACGCUUGUAAGAACCUGUGCUAUACGUCGACGGAAACACUGAAGGCACAUCUGCAAGCCGCGCACGCACUAACCAACGUGCAGAUCAAUCUGUUGUGCCCAUGUCCUGCGGAAUGCAAUGGAAAUAUGGAAUGUCCGGUUGUCGUUUAUGAUCAGCACACAGGAAUGUUUUGGAGAAUCACCUGACAACUGCUCAUGAAGAUCACUUUGAAAAACUGCAAACAUUAAUGUGCUGUAUGAACCCGGAUGACAAAUCGGAUUUCCUUGAAGAAUUUCUGGAGGAAUAUGAUUUGAAACUGGAAGAUAUGGCUUAUCUCAAACACCUGGAUGGGCGUAAAACGUUUCCGGAAUGGGUAUACAACACGACUCAGCCGUUUCCCAGCCAACUGAUUCCAGAUAAAUUCGUCAUUCCAACCGUUGUUGAGAAUUAUUGCUUGCGUUAUGUCUGCAAUGUUGAGCCGUGCAAAGACAACAUUAUCCGCAACUCGCAGCAAAUGAGAAUUCACAUCUUUAUUGUGCAUAAAAGUCAGGUUCGCAGGGAAACCGAUGUUUUCUUUGGUUGCCCGGCCCAGGUGACUGAAGGAUGCGAAGCCAUCGCAAGGUGUAACACUAAAGACAUGAUAUCACACGUGAAAGCAGUUCAUCCCUUGCUUUGCGGCAAGCCUGGCUGCUCGGGACGGCUUUGGAGCGGCCUCAAGACUGUUCCCACCACCUGCGCCUCCAGCCAAGAACGAAAAUUCGUCGCCGCCGGCUGCCAUGACGGCGGCAUCUCUUUGUGGGAUACAUCUCCCAUAUGUUUCUCCUACGACUAA